GUGACACACGGAAGGUUGCAUAAAUUGGGAUGGCAUCGCUGUAACACCCGUCACACAGCUCACCCGCGGCAGUUCAGCGACGGUAACGGUUAGACAGUCAGAGAUGUGGUCAUGGAUCGCGGCGCUGCUCGCGGGGAUCCUCUCCGCGCACCUCGCGCAGCGCCUCUGGUUCCCGUACUUCUGGAAAGACGCGCUGUUUUUAACGAGAGUCAUCCGGUACGGAGCGCGCCUGGAGAUCUACAAACGAACCUCGCGGGUCGUGACGGUCGUGGACAGGUUUGUUCAGCAAGCCCAGAGGAUUCCCGAUAAAGCCUUUCUGAUUUAUGAAGGAGUGACGUACACCUACGGAGAGCUCGAGGAGCGGAGCAACAGAGUCGCGCGCGUCUUUAAAGACGCGGUGAAAAAAGGAGACACGGUGGCGCUCCUGAUGAGCAACGAGCCCGACUUCCUCUCGGUGUGGUUCGGCUUGUGUAAGCUGGGCUGCGCGGUGGCGUUCCUGAACACGAACAUCAGGUCCAGGUCGCUGCUGCACUGCUUCCGCUGCUGCGGGGCCGAGCUGCUGGUGGUCGGAGCAGAUCUGCUGGAGACGUUAGAGGACAUUCUCCCCAGUCUCCAGCAGGACGGGAUCACAGUGUGGUGUAUGAGGCGGGACAGCCCUCGUCCCGGCGUGCACAGUCUGCUGGAUCAGAUGCAGAAGGCUUCGAGGGAGCCCGUCCCAGCCGAGCGCCGCUCCGUCCGCUGCCUCCGGACCCCCACGCUCUACAUCUUCACCUCCGGAACCACCGGGCUGCCCAAAGCUGCGGUCAUCACACAUUUACAGGCCCUGAAGGCAGCAGGAGGGUUUUGGGUGUACGGAGCCACAGGAAGUGAUGUCAUCUACACGCCGCUUCCCCUGUAUCAUAGUGCUGCCUCGCUCGUGGGCAUCGGAGGGACCAUUGAAUUGGGUGCCACCUGUGUCCUGAAGAAGAAGUUCUCAGCCUCUCAGUUUUGGCAUGACUGCAGGAAACACAACGUCACCAUAUUUCAGUAUAUUGGAGAGCUGUGCCGGUAUCUGUGCAAUCAGCCCAUGGUGGAGAAUGAGAAGGAUCACAGGGUGCACAUGGGUGUUGGGAACGGCCUCCGGCAGGACGUAUGGAGAGAGUUCCUCCGGCGCUUUGGGGACAUCCGCAUGUGUGAGAUCUACGGCUCCACUGAAGGAAACCUGUGCUUCAUGAACCACAUUGGCAAGAUCGGAGCUGUCGGACGCUCCAAUUUCUUCUACAAGCUGAUUUUUAAGUAUGAUCUGGUGAAGUAUGACCUGGUCAGAGAGGAGCCUGUGAGGGACCACAGUGGAUUCUGCCAGCAUGUUCAGAAAGGUGAAACGGGGCUGCUGCUGUCUAAGAUCUGCAGUCAGAGUCCCUUCUUCGGUUACGCUGGCAGCAAACAGCUGACGGAGAAGAAGAUCCUGAGAGACGUGUUUGUCAAAGGAGACGCUUACUUCAACACUGGAGACCUGAUGGCUGAGGACGAGGACGACUUCAUCUGCUUCAGAGACAGAGUGGGAGACACCUUCAGAUGGAAGGGUGAGAAUGUGGCGACCACUGAGGUGACCGAGAUCCUGGGACUGGUGGAUUUCAUUCAGGAAGCCAAUGUGUAUGGAGUCCAGGUGCCAGGAAAUGAAGGCCGAGCCGGAAUGGCUGCAGUGAUUGUGAGGCCCGAGUGCAGAUUUGAUGGGAAGAAACUCUUCAGUCACGUUCUCAGAGAACUGCCAUCAUACGCUCGACCUCUCUUCAUUAGACUGCAGGAGUCUCUGGAGAUGACCAGCACCUUCAAGCAGCAGAAGUUCUCUCUGGUGGAGAGCGGCUUCGACCCCUGCAGCAUCAGCGAGCCGCUCUUCUUCCUGGACUACACCGAGAAGAGCUACAUUCCCCUGACCAGCUCCAUCUAUGACAGCAUAGUGAGCGGUCAGAAGAAAGUCUAGCCGAGCCCUUUCAAACACCUCCAUACCUUAGAGAAGUGAUUUAGCUGUCAGACGCUGAAGGACACGCUGUAUAUUUGAUCAGAGUCCGCCGUGAAUUAUUGAUCAGGUACGUCUUUCAGAGCUGCAGACCAUGUCCUUUAGAGAAUACAGAGUUAGUGAAUAUAAAAGAGAGUAAUGGAGAUCUGCUGCGAGUGGAGAUGAGUGCACAGCCUGCUGUCCUGAAACCAUCCGUCUUGUGUAUACGUUGAAGUGUAAUGUUAUGAUUGUGUAAUGCAUAUACACACACGUGCACUUUGAAUAUUUCAAACACACGGCCUGAAGUCUGACUGUGACUCAAACUGCAUUUUUUGCUUUAGUUCUGAAAAUCAUAGAAAGUGAAGGCUUGCUUAUUUUGACCUUGAUUAUUUAUUUUUUUAGCACUUGAAACAUUUGAGAUUCACUGUGAAUUUAAAACUUCACUUUUUCUUCAUUUAUGGAAGUGAAAAAUGAUUAGUUUUUUUAUUAUGUAUCUAAUUAUGAAAUAAUAAAUGACAAUUUUGUUUACAUGCAAUCUAGUUUUCACAAUCAGUUGUUUGUAUGGUGUAAAGCAUAUUAUAAAUGACAGCUGAUUUAAGCACAGAACAAACAUUUCAAACAUUCAUCAUGGUUUUGCUCACACUUGUAUAACGAACACAGACAGACAGUGUGAAGCUUAUUUUAAAUACUGAGGGUUAAAGCCAUAUCAGGACUGCACUGUCUGUAACUCUAACAAUGACUGUAUGUUUGCUAGCACUUAAUAAUAAAACUAAUAAUAAUGUAUACAUACAUUAAAUCAUUUUUAAUU